GCUGAAUAGCGACACCUGUAUUUUGCCGCCUGCGCCUUUUUUUCCACUGCAAUCUGUCGCCUCUCAAGACAAUCUCAGAUUGUGAAUUAAUAUCCCGUAUGUGUUUGUGAACGACAUUCACUCUUUUGAUCUCCUACUGGUUUCACAGAGUCUGAAAGGUGAGGGCGCGGUACCUUCAGAUAUUGAAAAACACCAGCCACUAGACUUUUCACGCGACUUGACUCGACACCGACUCGGCUUGCCCGCCUCUUUCUCUCCACCUCCGCCUUUUCUCGUUUUCCCCGAUAUUUACCACCUGCGUCUCCCACUUCAUAGGCAUGUGCCGAUGUUCACCCGUCCGUUUCGGUUGUCGCAGACGAAGUCAUUGAGAUAGAAAAGCUCUGUCAUGUCGUCGAUCUCGCCCACGGGGGCGUAUGCACCCUCGCAGGGCCAGGACCCCAACAACGCGUACAAAUAUGAAGACCCUACUGCCUACCAACUACAGACACACUUUUCCAACCAAUUCGAGGUCGCUUUACCCGUGGACCGCGCAGACCACGAGCAGUUAGGUCAAGAACCUCCGAGAUCCGGAGGCAAGUCGUCAGAGCCAAAAGUCCGUCUGCGGAAGGCUUGCGAUAGCUGUAGUGUGCGAAAAGUCAAGUGCGACGAGUCUGGACCUCCAUGCAAAUCAUGCGCUGCCCUUGACAUUCCCUGCACCUUUGACCGUCCCAGUCGUCGCCGUGGACCACCCAACAGGCAUGCGGAAGCCAUCAAGAGACAAAAACUUGAGGGAGGAAUUUACGAGGGUUCAAGAGGCUCUCCUACUCAUGAUGCGGCCUACAGUCUAGCGGCACUCUCUGCACCCAGUCUUCUCGCGGCUGAAUCGAUAUGCGAUCUUCCUACAUUGAAGGUCCUCAUCGAUGACUACUUUCUCUACAUACAUCCUCUGAUACCUCUCCCACACGAACCGACCUUCCGGAGAUCUUUCGAGGCCCGAGAAGAUCGAACCAACCAUACCUUCCUGGCUCUCAUCGCUGCUAUGGUAGAAUGCCUGGUGGCGUCAUUUCCACGCAGACCACGCCAAUUAUUCACCGCAGAAGCAGCGAGGUCGCAGUUUCCAAACGCUGGCGCUCUUAUUGAUCGAUGCCACCAGGUUUUCGUCGAGGCCCGGGGGUUGGGCUACAUGGACCGGCCAAUGGGUCUUUAUGAUGCGAUUGCAAGCUAUUUGACCGGACUUGCGGCGGGUUACGUUCUUGAUCUACCACGCUUGCGCCUGUAUCUGGGAGAGUGCACUCUCGUCACACGGGAGCUCGGGUUUCAUCGUCCUGAAUUCUACCGGCCACCAGCCACUCCUGGCGGCUCGUACCCACCUGCCGAUGCACAGAGACCUCAAAUCGUGGACUAUGUUUAUCAGGAAUCUGGACGUCGACUCUUCUGGCUACUCUUCGUGGGUGCCAUGUCAGCCCGCCAGCUGGAUGAAGCCGAAGGCGACCUGCUCAUCCCACCGGUUUCUCAUGCAGAGAUGCUGCCUCCACUUCCAAUCGAGGUAGACGAUGAAUACAUCACGGAAGCCCAAAUAUUCCCCCAACCUAGAGGUGUUGUGUCAGAAAUGAUUGGCUUCAAUCUGAAUGUUAAGGUCUUCAGAGCUUUCCACUUUCUGGCUGCACUAGAAAUGGCCUUUGGGGCGAAUACUGUUUAUGACUGGGAUCGGCAACGCCAGAUUAUUCGACGUGCUCUUCAGACCGUCAAGGAAGCGACCCGAGAUGCACCGAAGGAGUUGCAACUGAACCCAUCCAAUGGCUUUGGAGAGUGGCCCCCUACUCAGGCCGACAUAUCUGCCUAUUCCCAAUUAUUCAACGACCGUGAGGGUGUCGAGACCGAUCCUUCACUCGAGACUGCAAGUGCCCGAGGGUCAUUUUCGGCUCCACCAACGAAACGAGUAAUUCAGUUUGAGAUUCAGAAAGCCAACAUUUACGCUACCCAGCUCUCGUCAAGAUCGUAUCUGGUCGAGCGGUUCUGGAAUCUCUACGAAAUCGUCGACCGUGACAAGAUCAGCUUUCCGUCUGACAAGUCUAUUGCCAGUUCCUCGCCAACUGCCGGUGUAGUCAUGACCGGAAUGGAGCACGGUUACCGCCAAGUCGCUGGAAGAACACCCAGCGACAACUUGAUGGAUGCCGGCGAACAAAUGAUGGCAGUUGAACGGGAAGAUAUUGUAAGAGAUAUGGCUUUACUCCUCAAGAGCAUCAACCAAGUCAAUAUGGAGCCAAAUGGCAUGAGCUUUUGCAAUAAGAUCCGGACGGUCGCUUCCACCUUGCUCGAAACGAAGCGUGCUCGCAUGAGCUCAAUGCCGACAUUAGACUCCGAAAGCGUCAACAGUUAUCUCCACGACUUUCUUGAGAUCCUCUCCAAACUCGAAAGACUGGGUCCGUCGCGAUACCGAGGUGUGGCUGACAACACCACUGGAAACCUGCUGCGAACGCCAGAGGAGAUCGAAGAGGAAGAGUUGGUGCAUUGGGCAAGUCUGAAGGAUCGACAGGAACAAUUUGUUCGAGCAAGCGGUGUGAGUUCCUGGUAGGGGAAACCUGAUGGUUUCAAGAUAGAUGGCGACUAUUCUUGACCGUGACUCGGAUGGAACAGCCAGCUGGCUUUCAUGUAUGACUGCAGCGAUAUCCUCACAGCCUAAGCAGGCACUAAAUUGGAUACAUGUGCUCGUUCUAUGGCUUCAAGACGCCAUUCAGCAUUCCAUGUAUGGCACCAUUUUUGUUUGUGACAGCGAAUGCGUUUCGAAAUCACUUCGACACCAUUGAAAUGAUUACCACCACAUCAAAACAAACGGCCUUUGAAGGCAGGCACAAAGUGGCUGGCGGGUUUGACUGCAGUUUUCUUGAAUAUCGACCAUUUCUUAUUGGUUUGAAGUCUUGAUCGAUCUUCCCUUUACAAAGACCUUGACAAUGUUUUGGUCAUCUCCUG